UGCCAUUAGAUCACAACAAAAAUGCCUGCUCUCAUGAAUCUGACAAGCCAUAGCCGGGCCGCUCGCGUCGCGUCUGCAUGCUCAGUCUCACGCACGCAGCGAGCUUCAUCUCGCAUUUGCAGGGCUGUCAACCAAAUUAGCAGCCCAAGCGAUGAGCCAAGCACUCGAAGCCCUUUGGAGCGAGCUGCAAUUGGCCUUGCAACUGCGGCGGCGGUCGUUAUGGGCACCUUCAGCCCACUUGUGCUCGAGCCACCUCCUGCACACGCUAUUCUGGUCGCCAGUGACCCUGUUAAAAACGCUCAGGCGAUCUUGCGUAACGCGCUUCCCAUCAAUAACAAGCCGAUCCGUCAAAUUCAGAAAGACCUGGAGAGCAUUAGCGAGGCGCUGAGGAUUCCGGGGUCGAAGUCCCUUGGGCCGGUCUCGCGGGCUAUCCGGGCUUCCCAGGAUGUACUGACACGCCAGCGGGAUGCCAUCGUGAAGGACUUCGCCCCUGAGAAGAAGGACUUCGGUCUGGAGAACAUCGAAAAGCUGCAGGUAGCCCUGAACGAGUUCCAGGCGACGGUGGAGGCCAAGGACAAGCAGGCGGUCCCUAUCAAGCAGCGCGAGGCGCUCACCUACGUGGGCAACAUUGAGGAGGCCAUGGUGAAGGGCUUCCCCUUCCAGGUGCCGCCUGAGUACGCUGACAGGCCGCUGCUGCUGGGCCGAGCCACGCUGGAGAUGAAGAUUAGCUGCCGGGAGACGCCGGAGGGGCCGCAGACCGUUGUGCAGACUGUCGUGCUGGACGGCUACAACGCGCCCGUCUCGGCAGGCCAGUUCCUGGACCUGGUGCUGCGCAAGUUUUACGAUAACAUGGAGAUCCAGCGGGCGGAUGGCUUCGUAGUGCAGUUUGGCGACCCGGAGGGCCCUGCGGACGGCUUCGUAGACCCCAAGACGGGCGAUAUCCGACGGGUGCCUUUUGAGGUGAAGGUGAUUGGCGACAAGGAGCCGAUCUAUGACUUUACGUUGGAGGACCUAGGUCGCGUCAAUGAGCAGCCCGUACUGCCUUUCAAUGCGUACGGUACGCUGGCAUGGGCCCGGAACGAGUUUGAGAACAACUCGGCUUCUAGCCAGGUGUUUUUCUUGCUGAAGGAGAGUGAGCUGACACCCACUGGCUCCAACCUGUUGGAUGGUCGUUUCGCCGUAUUUGGUUACAUCACGCAGGGGCAAGACGCUCUCGCGGACUUUAAGGUGGGCGACAAGAUUGAGUAUGUUAAGGUCAUCGACGGCGCCCAGAACCUGAAGAAUGGUCCGAGUGCAUGAUGGCCUUUCACGGGAACAAUUUUGACGCAUCUGCGGAACGAUAAUUGUUUCGAUAUGCGAUGUCUGCAAGUUUUCUGUUGUAGUACAACGCGAUUUUUCAUCGGGCGUUGUGCUGUGCAGUACAGGGACGAUUUUGUUCAGCCUGAUCCUUGAUCAAUCUUUUAUUUUUGUUGCUGGCGUGUCCUUAAUCCUCGCUGUUCAGGGCUCUUUAAAAUCGCUGGGUUCAUAGUCCUUUGAGGAGCCAAGUUCUUAGACUGAACAGUUAAACUACUUAAAGAGUGUUACAUUGUAAUACCGAACAUCU